AUGAUUGAUCUUGCAGAGUGGAUAAAGAAUUACCUAGACUUUGUAUUUCUCCUUAGUCUUGCCUGCUAUCGUAAGAAUCCUAAAGAACAGCGUAAGGAGAAUUGCCAAGUCGAGCUGUUAGAAGGUGCAAAAUCAAUGGGUGCACGAGCUACUACAAUUGCUUCAGCGGGAGCUGAUAUCGGUAUUGGAAAUGUCCUUAGUUCAUCGAUUCAUUCCAUGGUGUGAAAUCCAUCAUUGGCAAAAUAAUUAUUUAGUUAUGCCAUUUUGGUCUUUUCUCUAACCAAAGCUAUUGCAUCAUUUGCCCCAAUGAUGGACUUUUUGAUCUCAUUCGUAUUCCAAGUCCUUUAG